AUGGAAUUUUCUGCAGGUACACUAACUUCGAACUCGUAUGUGUAGCUGACGACUAGCAAUAUACCGAGAGAGACGUAGAUGUGCCACCGAUAUAGAACGCUAUUGCCACAUUAUGUUGGCGAAAUUGGUGAGGCCGAAUAGGACGAACAUGCAUCCUGAUUGUUGCAUUGUGUUUGUCGUUUGUGCACAAAUAUGCUUCUCUCACCUUUAUUCUAAUAAUUGGUGAUUGUGAACGAACGUGCUUCCCUCAUCUUUAUUCCGAUAAUAAAUAAUUGGAAAAUGUGUGAAGCAUUACUAUUCUAUAAGCAAUUUCUAGCUUUGUUUGUUGUGUCCUUUAGACAUGUCUUUAUGUGGUUUGUGGUUCUUCUUAAUUUGACCGCUAGUCCAACUUGUGUUUGUUAUGGUAUGUUUGGGUAAACUAAAAAUCUGGCCAUGUCCUCACCCAGGAGCCAUGACCCGAAUCGAUGUUAAUUCCCCGAAGUUUUUUUCCCCAGUUUCCAAAAGUGGACGAGUCUGAAUUUCUAUCGUUACUUUAGGAUCAAGCUUAUCUAAAUAGGUGUUUAGGUAAUCUUCUCGUAGAAAAUAAAUGUACCGGUGCUUAAGAUAAGGAUCUCAAGUCUAUGAUCUUGACAAUCCACUUGUAGCUCUCUUAUGGUCAUGUUUUCCUCGUAAGCUUCGACUUGUUCGGUUGGUGCAAACUGGUAUCCCUAUUCUAGUUUGCCUCUGCUUGAGGAUCACAUUGUCGUUUUCUCAAUCUAACCAAGGAAAGGAUUGCCCAAUAAAUUUUCUUGAAUUUAAUGCCUUUGGUUUCCUCAUAUCUCUCGAAGGCAUAUUAAUUUAAUCUUCCGAUCGUUUUUCCUGUGUAUCUAAUCAGGCGCUCAUCCUUGACCUUGAAAUUGCUACGAUGGGCAUAGAAAUAUGCUUGGGGUUGAAAUAAAUAGUCUCCCAUCGUACUCCCUCAUCAACCAUUUUAGGUUUUGGCAAUCUCGUAUUCCUUUCAUCGGGCCAGGACCUAUUUGGCUCUCUACUUGUAACCGUUUUGACAGGUAGUCUCUUUGCAUAUUGUCACCCUUGCUCAAUCUAUUGGUGGGGCAUGAGAUUUCUUAUUGGUUGCAUCUGGUAAUGGUGUUAUAACCAAAGGCGAUGGUGCCACGACGAAACCAAGGGCCUCCGGUGGGUGAUCAACACAUGGUUGCGCUACUUGGCACGCGUGGUAUCAUCGUUAGCAGUCAUAAUCCAUUAUGAGAUUAUAUCAAUAUGUUAUCUCUGCACAAAUUGUUCCUCCAUGUGAGAUUCAUUAUUGGUGUUGUUUGGUAAUGGUGUCACGAUUAAUGACUUAUGGUGCCGCAGCGAAACUAAGAGCCUCCUGUGAAUGCGCACACAGGACUGUGCUACUCGUCGGAUGCUGGUAUCAAGGUCUCUGGUCAUGAUCCAUUAUGGAACUACCCUGAUGUGUUAACUCCUGUAGAUCUUUUCCUUGAAACAAUUUCUAUGUUGUUUGUCAAAUGAUCGAGCAACAUCUAUCAUCUCCGUCGGAUCAAAAGGGCAUACCACUUUCAUGUGUGGUCUUAUUUCUUUUGAUCUUGGUAGUGACUACUCAUACAAGUUCCCUUGACAUCCUUUGAGUAAAGGUGAAGCCUUGGAUCUUUUUAGUGUUGGGAGACAAUUGAUUAGUUCUCAAAAUGGAGAUUGACUUCUCUUGCUGCUAAAUGCAGGAGUUUGUUCAUUCGCUCUUUCAUUUAAUCCAUGUAUUCCCUAACCAAGUCAGUUCACCUCGCAUGAAGAAACGGCUGAACAACCUGACCAAAUGAAUUUCUACCCAAAUGCAUGAUCUCUUGUACAAGAGUGAACUCCCGACAAUUGGAUUGUCGAUGGAUAAUAAGAGGACCUACUCAAUGUCAUAGUUAGUUCAACAAGUUGGUUUUACUAACUUGUAACUACAUUGUGAACAAAGGCCGAGUUUAGAGAUCGUUUUGUCGAGUUGUCUAAACUCACUUUUGUACAUCCCCCCGUAAGGAAGUGUUUAUAAGAAUUGAGAGUAAGUCGGCCAGUAACCCUUAAUCAUCAUUCUAGUCACGCCUCAAUCGCCUCACGUGUGCUUUUCCAGCAUGUGUGAUCAAGUCGAGCCGUGCUAAGUAUUUGGUGAAAUGGGUUGGUCGCGAAGUCAACAUUAAUGGCUCUCUUCAUUGAUAUUUUCUCGAAUCUCUAUCAUCGUUCGUGGACUUGAAUUCUCUGGUUAGCCAUAUGUUAACCGUGACAAUAUUCGACAUCCACACCCGUCUCGUGUGCCAUGAACUUACUGUAACCACUUGUUGGUAAACCUCUUUCUGUAUGUUUUACCCAAGAGGUUGCAUUUGACUCUGUUUGGGUAAAGUUGCAUAUCUACCGCUCGCUCAACAGACUCAUAUAGUACAGUGUCAUCAGAAAAGGCAAACUGCACACAUGGAACCUUAUGUGCUCCUCUGGCAGACAGUGUCUCUACUAAUGGACAUUUCUAAAUUGGCUUAAGUUGAUACAUGUUAUGUCCGCUAGAGAAACCACAUUCUGAGACACUCGCCCUUGUUUGGAAAUGUCUCAUAAUUAUCGCUAAAAUGGACAUGGGUUACAUGCUUCUCUACUCUUAAAAGUCUUUUGCUACGAAUCUCGGGACGAGAUUCUUUUAAGGGGGGAGGGCUGUAACACCCCAGGUGUUUAUAUUCCGCUCGACAACGAGUAUGGAUUUAAGCACGUGAUAUCAGUAAAUAAAAUGGACAUUAAGAUCUAAUCAUCUUCGCUUAUCGCGAUUUUUAUAUCGCAUCUGUUUUGUCUGUCGCGAGUUCGACGUCAUUUUUAUCUAUCCGGGCUCUUCCGAAAUUUUCGUGUUGUUCGGAACAUAGUCGUUCCAAAAAUUGGUGUGUCCGGUGAUUAUUUAAAAUACAUCGGUCGCGCAAAUACAAAUUCGGAAGCUCGAUCUAUUCUUACGAUUUUAUCCCGGGCAAAUUAGUUUGAACUCGACGACUAAAUUUUUCAGGGCAAAAUAAUUUGAAUCGCGCAGUGUCUAAGAGAAAUCUUGCGCGAGAUUAUGAUCCAAUUUAUCUUUCAGCACACUCUGUAAGGUAGUAAAAUUAACUAUGUUGAGAUAACGGAUAAAAUUUCUCGAAUUUCAAAAUUAACCAAACAUUGUUCCAAUAUUGUAUUCGAUAUCCAGUCCAUUUAGACCUGACCAGAUCCAAAUCCUCAGAUAUAGAUAACGAGUAAAAUUCAUCUUAAUUCCAGAGUAUUUCCUAAAUCAAUGCUAUCUAAAUUAUCGCAGGCCGAAAGUUCUUAAUCUAGCUCCGACAGAGUCGCCCCAAAUCUCUAGCCGAGACUAGAUAGAUAUUUAUUUAUUCUUUUGUUACAAGGAUAAAGAAAAGGAAUUACAAGUUUUAUCAUCCACAUGUUAAUUUGCAACAUUUCUUAUUUGAAGUACGUGUGUUUAUCUGGGGUGGAAAUAUUCCACCGCUAUUCCAUCUCCCUUAUCUCUAAACAAAUCAGCUGUUGCCUCUCAGAUUUUUAUGGAGUACACAGGGCACCAUUUUCCUCACGUAUUCUCUGGUCUUAUCCAAAGCCGUCGCCGUGGCUCGUUCCCGAAGAAACUGCACCAAAAUUGCUCACGUUUCUGGGGGCUUAUCCUUUUCCUUCGGUCACCAUCGCAUCCAUUCUCGAUCCCUCUACCUCUCGCAUCCGGUGCCUGGCUGCCAGCCCCAGCGCUCGCCAACCUCAUCUUCCCCGGCGUUUCCUCCCAGCUCCCUCCACCAUGCCGCUGCCAUGGAACUCACUGCUCGGCCGCGCCCUGGCCAUGCUCCCUGCGCUCGCCAGCCGUGCGCAUCUCCCUCUGCGCGCGCGCGCCUGCGUCCUGCGCCGCGAACCCCGCCGUGGAGCUUCCCCGAGCUCGCCCCAUGGCGCCCGGCCGAGCUCCUCCCUGCCGUGUUCUUGCUCGGCGUCCGGUUUUCCUGUGCGCCACGGUCUUCCUCCCCGAGCUCGCCCCAGCCCCUUGUAUUCCCCAUGGCCGGAGCUUCUUCCAGCUCCAGCUCGGAUCCCUCUCCCAUGGCUCUCUGCGUGCUAGCCGCUGCGCGCCCAUCUAUCUCUCGCGGAUCUCCCUCCCCAGCUCCUCUCUGCUCGUGCCGUCGCCCAGCCUGUUGGCGCGCGCAUGCUCCUCUCGCCGCGCCCCCCUGCUUCUCUUCCUCCCCUUCUCUCCUUGCUGCGUGCGCCCUGCGCUCUGCUCGCAGCGCCGCAGUUCUUUCUCCCGGCUCCCUCUGUCCGUUCUCGACCGCGCCUUGCACCGCCAGCCACGCCUCCCUGGCCAUCAUGGCGUCACUAUUUCCUGUUGCGCCGCGACAUCGUCGUGCUCGGGUGCUUAGUGUCGAGGUCGCCGCGCCAUUGUCGUUCUGGCUUCCCUUGUCCUCGUGCGGGUUUUGGUCGUGUCCACAUCUGAGACAUCAACAUCUGCAUCCCAGCAUCGUCAUCGUUUCAGCAGCCUUGUUGCACCUUGCGAUCACGCCGAAAGACGAAAGGGAAGCACCAGUGCCACGCUCGUCAAAUCGGUGAUAUACGCAAGCCGGACAGCGUCGUCGAUUUAAUGGUUUCAAUCCGGAUUUAGCUUUGGUACGUUAAUUAAUCACGUGAUGUGAAGGACAAGAGCUGGAUUAAUCACAAGACGAUGCUGAUGGAUGAAGCUAAAGUGGAUGAAUCAACCAAGUGCCAGGAUGGGAGAUACUCACCAAGUGAUCGUCAUUUAACAACACUAACAUAGUGUUAUCCCAGGCAAGCCCCGGUGCAUUUGCCACCUCCUUCUGUUUUAAAAACUUUUAUCACUUACCUGCUGCAUUAGGUGAUAGGAGUUGUGUGAAUAAACAAUUGAUGCAUUACCAUUCCUUGGAAUUUGAUUAUCCUCCUUGCUACCUGUUUUAUAAAGAGAACCAAUGAGGCUUAGCCCUGCCUAGAGAACUAAAACUUGAUUCUUUUUAAAAGAAUGCUGUGUAACACUGGUAUGGGUUUGUUUUAUGAAAAAGGACUUGUAAUGGUGAGAGCAUCAUCUGCAGUGAUGAAUUCAUCAUUCAAGUAUGGUACCUCUGUCAGGUACAUGAUUUGGGUGUUAAAUAAUAAGAUGAGACCAGACGUUGAGCAGGAAAGGUCGCCCGUCUGUGUCGAUUAAGGACCGUACCGAAAGUAGGCUUGCUGAUCUAGGACCCUUUAACUGGCCACAUGCCUCGUCAUGGGUAAGCUUAGCCUCGGUCGGACCAAUACCAGAACAGCUCGCACGCACUGGGAGUGGAGAGAUGGCGAGAGUAGCUUGUACCCUCCGUGGCAAGAGACUGGAAGGUGGGGUGCUGUACUCUCGGAAACAUGGCGGGCACCAUGGCGAGAGUAACGUGUACCAACCAGGCCAAUGGCUGGACGGUGGAGUGCUGUGCUCUCGGGUCGCGUGAACCCGUUCUGGUCUUGAGAAAACCGGUGGCGAGUUGACAUAUGCAAGGGUUAAGUGCUACAUAUGUCGUGUGGUUGGAGAUCCUCAGCUGAGUAUUAAUCGAUUCGGAUCGCCGUUACUUCUCGGAUAUGAAGACUGGAUCACUGCCCUGCAUCGUAGAUAACAAGUGAAACUAAAGCUGCUAAAAUGAAGCUAGUAUAGGACAAGUGAAUGCUCUAGAUUAGGCAAAUCUAGAUUCAGGAAAAGUACUUAAUUUGUGAAGUAAAAGUUUUGGCAUAAGGAUCCACUACUAGUAAGCUUUUCUGCAAAAAUGAGUCUUUGAAACUUGAUGAGCCUUACCUUGAAUCCUUUUUAAACCAGCAUACCCUUGAGAGUCUUUUCUUUAGUCGGGUAAGUCUUGCUGAGUAAUUGCGUACUCAGGGCUUUAUUCCCUGUUGUUUUUCAGGUUAUAAGUUUGUUCUGUUGUGGAUGGUGCUAAGUGCCGGUGGGCUCGGCCUUCUUAUAUAAGUAUAUCCCAUCUUUAGCUUCUUUAUUGAGGAUUGUCACUUAAGCUAGCAUGUAUUUGAAAACCUAUAAAUAUUUUAUACAUUUUAAUUUGUAAUUCUUUUGAAUCAUUUUCUCUUGUAAUCACUCCGAUAAUUGUAUAAUGUAAAAUUAUUGUAACAUGUAAUCAUUUUGUAAUAAAGAAUUUAUUUCCGCUGCA